AUGCUUGCUGCUGCUGCUGCUCGUGAGUCCCGCAGCUCCGUGCCGAAAACGACCGAAACGCUCUUUAAUGGAUCCCAACAGGCUCAGUUCAUCGCUCAGAGCAUCGGCCAGGCGUUUCAUGUUGCCUACGUCGAGUUCCUCAAGGCCAAUGGAAUCGAGGCAGAUCAAACCCUCAUGAAGGACAUGGAUUACCAGGAGGUGCUCAACUCUCAGGAAAUCUUCGGGGAUGAGCUUCAGAUGUUCGCGAAGAAGGAAAACCAAAAAGAGUGGCCGAAACCGCCACUUCCAAGCCCGCGUCUACGAGGCCCGGACAAUAUCGUGAAUAAUUCGGGGCUACUUACGGUAGCACGCGACAAAAAUGAAAUCCCGAAAAAAUUGACCCGCUGCUCGCCCCGUAGGCAUAUUGAGGAGAAGAAGCGUUCCGUCGUGAUGCCCCUGGGGAACGUGGCGUGCCUCAGUUGA